AUGGAAUUUGAGCAGGGCUCCAGAAGCCAAGGAUCCGAAAAUCUGUUAUUCCACCGCAACAUGUUAGGUCCUUUGUCCUUGCUGCGUUACUCAAUUUCCUUGGUGCCCUUCUUGCUCCUCAGAUAUCAGAUGAGGCAGCCAGUCAAUAGGGCAGAAAUUCUCACUCAUGUGGUCAGUUGUCACCGUAAUUUCUUCCCUGCAAUUUUCAACAAAACCCGUGAGUGCAUGAAGCUAGUGUUUGGCACUGAAAUGAAAAAACUAAAUACCAUCCACCGCUCCUAUAUCCUUGUCCCUGCUGUGGGGCUCACAUAUCAUGGGUUGCGGAGUGAUGUCCCAGGAGUGCCCAAGACAGGCCUUCUCAUUAUGGUCCUGUGCUUCAUCUUUAGAAGUGGCAAUCGUGCCACUGAAGAGGUGAUUUGGGGAGCACUGUGUAAGAUGGGGAUUUGUGUAGAGAGACGGCACUACAUCUAUGGGAAUAUUAGGAGGUUAGUCAUGGGAGAUUUUGUGCGAUUGCAGUACCUGGAAUACCGGCAGGUGCCCCAUGCUAAUCCCAUUGUCUAUGAGUUCCUGUGGGGCCCCAGGGCUCGAGCUGAAACCACCAAGAUGAAAAUCCUUGUGCACUGGGCCAAGUUCAGUGGGCUUGAUCCCAGGGCCUUCCCUAUCUUAUAUGAUGAGGCGUUGAGAGAGGAACGGCGUCGCCAAGCAUGA